AUGAGUAACCAUGGAUUAGCUCCUCCAACCGGCAUGCUGAGUCUGAUUGCUGGUGCUGCAGUCAUUGCCAUAGGCCUAUGGACCUUAAUGGAGAAAACCAGUUACAUUACCUUCCUUGCAAACAGUACUCUUUCAGUAUCUGCAUACAUUCUGAUGAUUGCUGGAGUUGUAGUCAUGGUGACGGGUUUCCUCGGCUGCUGCGCAAUGAUUCGAGAAAACAAAACCUGCCUCUUGCUGUAUCUGUCAAUUCUGAUUUCAGUCUAUGCGGCAGAACUUGCAGCUGGUGUUCUGGCAUACAUAUACUAUGACACAAUAAGUGAAGAACUUAAAGAAAGUCUUAAUGAUACAAUUAUAAAUAAUUAUGCUCAGGCUGGGAUGGAAGAGACAACGUUUGCCAUUGAUCAUCUACAACAAGACUUUAGGUGCUGUGGCAGCAAAAGUUAUGAAGAUUGGAGUUACAGUUUAUAUAUUAAUACAUCUGUUGCAAGUGGCCGAAAGGUCCCAGACAGUUGCUGUAAAACGAUGACUUUAAACUGCGGAAUACGGGACCACCCCUCUAAUAUAUACAAAGUAGAGGGAGGAUGUAUUGCCACACUGGAAGAAUUUCUACAAAAGCACCUUUUGCUUAUUGGGGCGGUGUCUAUAGGCAUUGCAUGUUUUCAGCUGACUGGGGUAACGCUGAGCGCCUGUUUCCUGGUUAUUCUCUAUAAGGAAGAAAAGGAGGACCUGUAUAAUACUAUAUAAAUAGACAUGCACUGUUUUAUUUUAAUUUAUUAAUGUACACCCAUAGCCUACACACAGUGGAGACACUCAUUCUGUGGACUCAAAUACAGCUUCCAUUCACUAUGAACCAGCAACAUUACGUGACGUGAUAGGAAGCGUUCUCAUGAUUAUUGGUUAUAAGUGGCUGCCCGGUGACAGUAGCUACUACUGAUGGUGUUCUAUUUGCUCCCGAGGUCACUGACUCUUCUGAGUAAUUGCACGGAGUGACACUUGCUCAGUGAGGCCCACUUCCGGCUCUCAGCUGAGAGAAGAGCUCAGUAAAGCUGAGUAAGGGGCCUCAGGAGCAGCAGUAUGGCUCCUCCCUGCUGGGCUCCAUACAAACUGCAUAAACUGCCCUGACAGUAUUUCUGCCAUUGUAUGAAGCACAAUACUGCUAAGGAACUACACAAAAUCAGAUUUGGUGGGAAUGUGUGCCUGUACGUCCACUUCAUUUGUUUUUUGUAAGUUCAUUACUACUUUUUAUAUUUAUUUUAAACAUUUCUGACAAAGGGUCGCUGCUACUAAAUGGAGGAGCUGCACAGACACGGGAGGAAUCAGAAAAGAUCCUUCUCCCACGUGUAUCCUUCUAUAAAGUGUACCAAAGAGAAUAGCAAUCAAUCUCUGAGAGACAUUCCUUAUCAGAGCUGGAUAAAUUUGAAAGCAUUCCCAUUCCCAUCAGGUUCCCUGGCAAUGCCAGUGUUGUGCGUUGCUGUCUCAAUCGAUAGGUAACAUAUGAGAUAUUUGCGACAUCUCCAUCACUAACCCUUUCAUACAUUUGGCCGAUAUUAAAAUGACCUAAAAAAAAAAACCUCAGCUUGAUACAUCAGCUCCUUAGUCCCUGCCGGUUGCACUUUGGUGGAGUAGCUGAAUACUUUGUUCUGUAUUAAAAUAAAAAUAAAAAAUUAGAGGCAAAAAAAAAAGAAGCCAUAUGCAAUGAAGGCAGUGAUCCCUUCUCACCCUCCCUCUCAUGCACCAGGCUGACCGGAGCAGUAUAGGGAAGAAACUGUUUCAUUUGGUGCAUCUCAAGUGGUAGGACGUAAGAGUGAUGCUUACACAUUUGUACAGUGCACGCCCCACCGGAGAUUAAACUGUCUCACCAGUAACCUAAGAACAUUUCAAAUCCAAGGGUUAAUGUAUCAAACAUUGGGGCAGAUGUAUUAACAUGGAGAAGGCGUAAGG